AUGGCGGAUACUACUACUGCAGCGACUACGGCGAAGCCGAAGGUCACUCUUCACUGGCUGGAUCAAUCCCGAGCACAGCGUAUCGUCUGGCUCCUACGAGAAUGCAAAGACAACAUCGACUACGACAUCAAAGUCUACAAGCGUGGCAAGGACUUCCUCGCGCCUGAUGACCUCAAGAAGAACCAUCCUCUUGGAAAGUCACCCCAGAUCACCAUCGAGUCUGCCAAUAUCGACAAGCCAAUCGUCCUCGCCGAAUCUGGGAUGAUGACUGAGUACCUCGUCGAACACUUCGCACCUCAUCUCGCUCCCAAGAAAUGGCAGGAGGGCAAAGACGGCCAGGUCGGAGGCGAGACGGCUGAGUGGCUGCGCUAUCGCUACUAUAUGCAUUUUGCAGAGGGUAGCUUGAUGAGCUUCUUGCUGCUGGGUCUGGUCAUUGAUCAGAUCCGGGAGGCACCCGUGCCAUUCUUCCUCAAGCCCAUCACAAGGACGGUCGCUGGCAAGGUGGAUGAUGCAUUCCUGACCCGAAACUUCUUGAACUACUUCAAUUUCCUCGAGUCGGAGGUUGCGUCUUCGCCCAAAGGUGGCAAAUACAUCUGCGGCACAGAGUUGACCGCGGCGGACAUGAUGAUGUCGUUCCCUCUGCUGGCUGCCAAGUCCCGGAACAAGAUCGACAAGGCCAAGUACCCCAAGUUGAUGGCCUACAUCGAGACGAUUGAGAAGGACGAAGGGUACCAGGCCAGUGUGAAGGAGAUUGAGGAGAAGACUGGCGACAAGUUUAAGGUGGUGUGA